AUGGGUGUCAUGCGUUUACCUCGCCCAACCGGCGUGUAUGUGCCGAACUCACCCACACGGAGCCUCAAGGGCGAUAUGAUCUCCUCCCCAUUAUCACCUGAAUUCAACUUUGACUCUGAGACCUUGACUCCUUCCAUUAUUCCUGCCCUUGAAUACGUUUCUUCCAAACUGGAGCAGAGGAUGAUGCACGUUACUCUGCUUGUCGGUCGCGGGAAGCCCUACCCCACCGGCCAACCAUCCGAUCUCAUCGUCAUCCCCAUCACCCCUCUGGAUGAGACAGCAUGGCGGAUCGUGUUCCGCACGGUAGCCAAGGGAGCCAGCAAGUUCUCUUUAGGCCACAGCUGGACUGACGCCUUGAACCGCAGCCAGCACGAGCGCCAGGCCCACGACUACCUGAUCCAACAAUCGAUCAUGCAGAAUGAAGUGAUCUUCAGCAGAGAGGGUCUGACACUGCUGAACGUGGACCGCAUCUACACCCUGAAGCGCCGGCUGUGCAUCCUUUCCCAUCGGGGAACACCGCCCGAAGAAUCUUACAUCUCAUCCUGCGCGCAGCUCCUCCACCGUACCAUCAAUGACUUCCAUGGUCGUCCCUUCAGCAGGGCCUUCUUCCACCGUGUCUACGAGCAGCUGGAUGUGCCUGAUAUGCUGUUAUCCCAGGUGGCGGAUGCCUUCAGAAAGCAAUACAAGCAGGAAGGAAUUAUUAUCCCACCUCCUGCGAAGGCCGAUGUUGCACCUCCCGCCAAGACCAAUGUGCCACCCCGGGUGAAGGUGGAGCGUCCCCGGAAGUCACCACUACGUGCGAUCCGGGCAGCUCGUCGCCAAAACCCUCCGCCAACAAGAUACAACUUGCCAACCAAGCGCGGGCCCAAGACACCCCUGUCUGCAUCUGAUGUGACUCCUAUCACUCGGAACGAAUGGAACAUGCUCCGUACGGACUUUCCUUUGGGCAAGACCACUGUUACCAAGUGGACACCAUCACCAACUGUUAUGGCUGCUGCGUGA